AUGGAUCCAGAAAAUCGUGCCCAGGAAAUCAUUCGAUGCAAUAUCUGUGAAAACAGUGUUGUACAAAUGUUCUGUAAUUUGUGUCCAAUGAAUUUGUGCAUGGAUUGUGUUGGAAAGCAUGUCUUUGAUACCUCUAAAAAGCAUGAUGUGGUGCCUUUUGAUUUGAGAAGAUCCAGACUUGUGUACCCUCAGUGCCAAACCCAUUCUGAAGAGAAUUGCGAAAUGCAUUGUGAUGAUUGCAACAUCCCAACGUGUCCCAAAUGUGUUAUGUCUGAGAAACAUAAAAGACAUCAUAUUAAAAGCUUACAGGAUUUAGUAUACGCAAAGAAUGAAAGCAUUGAAAAGGAAAGAAAAAGAUUGCAGGAAACGGUUUAUUCAAAGUUGAAGGAAACAGUUACUGAAAUAGAAACUCAGAUAGAUGAAAUAGACGGAAAAUAUGAAAAACUUACAUCGAAGGUCACACAACAUGGAGAGGAAUGGCAAAGAAAAGUUGACAUUGCUAUACAGAAAAACAAAGACGAAAUUAAUGAGAUGAAAAUCCAACACAGGGACACACUGAAUAAAAAUCUAGACGAUACAAAGAAACUCAUUACUGGCGUCAAACUCUAUUUUCCAAAAAUUGAGGACAUUUUACAAUCCAAGGAAGUUUCCAAAUCACUUUCAUAUGAGAUAAAAUCAGAAAAAUUCACCAAACUUCCUUCCCAUCCGAAAGUUGAGAUUCCGGUGUUUACUGAAAAUAUUAAUCAAGAUCAAUUUUCUCAUUUAUUUGGUUCUUCAUCGCCAUGA